CUCGAAUACAAACGGCAAAGCACGCUUUCUUCGCGGCAACACCAUGGCCGACUACGAAAUCGAACAAGAUGUGACGAAAAAAUUGGAUUCUCUCCGCAAAGAUUCGUAUAUUAAAUCAGAAAAUGGUAAGCUUUUUUGUUCUUUGUGUUGUUGAUUAGUUUGGGCAAUUAGCCGACUUGUAAUAUGGGAAACGUGUCCGUUUUUCUGAGCUGAAAAUUCAUAUAUUUCAAGUUCCAAAAUAUAUGAAUUUAAAAUUAAGAGAGGCUAUUAAAGUAUUUUAAGAGACAGAGAAUAGUAAUAAAUAGCGACUGUACUUAAUAUUAAAGUAGAGUUUGGCUUUCCUAAUAUUACUCUAUAUUUACUGAUCAUGCAGAUAGAUGUUUUUGUACUACAAAAUCAAAAUGUCAUCCAAUGUUUAUGUAGUCUGAGGGAUUUUACUAUUAACCAGAACCGAGACCAGAACAAACAUCCCCAAUCAUUAAACUCGGGUUAUGGCAAAUCUCAGCAUGAAAUCCUUUCACCUUGUGGGUGGAAUCAUGGCAUUUUUUUCAGUUGCUUGCAAGCAGGCAGUGUGAUUAUGUCAAUUAUUAAAUGAAUUUAGGACACACAAAACCACACAAUAUUCAAGUACAGCUAACCAUACUAUACUGUAGCCAGGGUGGAAAGUUUGUUUUUUGUGCGCCGAAGAUUUGAUCAAGGUUCAGUAACAUGUGCCAGUGACUGCACAAAUCCUGUUUUAAACAUGCGCCACCGAGUUGCAACUUUAGAGUGAGACAGCACAGAUACUAUAAACAUUUGAAAUAUGGUUGUAGUGUGCACAAGUAAAUAAUUUUUUGUACGCCAGGCGCCACACCAGUUCAUUCUCCAUAAUUCUGAGCCAAAAUGGAGCACAUUUAUGAAUUUUCCCCGCUGAAGAUCUUCGGCGCAACCUACAAACUUUCCACCCUAGUACUGUAGCGUAAGCCUAUUUUUAAAAAUUAAAGACCGUCAAGACCGCCCUGAUAACGACAGACGCAGAAGAAGGUCGAGGUCACGAUCACCAAGGAGAGAUCGCGACAGAGAUAGACGUCAGAGAUCGCGAAGCCCUGACAGGGACAGACGAAGGAAUAGGUCACCUGACAGAGGACGACGGCCAAAAAGGUAA